GUGUGCGUGUGUGUGUAUGUGUAUGUGUAUGUGGUUUCUUGUUUCGGGUGUGUCCUCAGUGUUUCCGGGUUUCUCUUCUGUUAUGAAUUCAGGUUUUUUUUCCGUGUGUCUCUGCCUCAGACUCUGGAUUCUGGCUGUGAGUGUGAGGACCACGAUGAGGACAAAGCGUCCCUCUUCUGUCCAACCUGUGUGAAGAGUGUUAAGCCUCCAGAGACACAAGAGCAGACUCCGCUGUCCACCCUGAACGAGACGAUGGCUGAAGACCAGAGAACGAGAGCAGGGUCUGGUCCAGGACUCAGGUGUCCACCAGUGAAGAGUGACCAGUCCAGAGAUGAAGACAUGAACUUCAGUAAUGAACCAGUGAAGAGUGACCAGUCCAGAGAUGAAGACAUGAACUUCAGUAAUGAACCAGUGAAGAGUGACCAGUCCAGAUAUCAAGACAUGAACUUCAGUAAUGAACCAAUUAAGAGUGACCAGUCCAGAGAUGAAGACAUGAACUUCAGCAAUGAACCUGGAGCCUCACACCCAAAAUCUUUGUCCAGAGUGAGACAUGAUGUUCCAGGACUCAGGUGUCUACCUGUGAAGAGUGACCAGUCCAGAGAUGAAGACAUGAACUUCAGUAAUGAACCAGUGAAGAGUGACCAGUCCAGAGAUGAAGACAUGAACUUCAGUAAUGAACCUGGAGCCUCACACCCAAAUGUUUCCAUGGACAAGCAGCCGUCCUGCUGUCCUCUGUGUCAGGACACCCUGAAGGACCCAGUCUCCACCAGCUGUGGACACUGGUUCUGCAGACGCUGCAUCUCCUCAUACUGGGACCAGUCUAGUCCACCUGGAGACUCCUGCUGUCCCCAGUGUGGAAAAAGACCCAGAACAGGAACUGGACCACAGACAGAUGUUGGUCUGCAGGAGCUUCUAGAUGAACAUAAGAUCAGUCUGAGGGGGAGAUUUGAACACGUGACUGAAGGAAUUGAUGGAACAGGAAGUAAAACCCUCCUGAACAGGAUCUUCACUGAGCUCUACAUCACAGAGGGACAGAGUGAAGAGGUCAAUACUCAACAUGAGGUGAGGCAGCUGGAGACGACCUCCAAGAAGAAGAUGGUCCAGGACACUCCCAUCAAGUGCUGCAACAUCUUUAAAGCCUUACCUGACCAGCAGGGGCGCAUCAGAGUCGUCCUGACCAAUGGCGUCGCUGGUGUUGGAAAAACCUUCUUGGUGCAGAAGUUCACUCUGGACUGGGCCGAGGGUUUGGAAAACCAGGAUGUGAAUCUGCUGUUUGUGCUCUCGUUCAGGGAGCUGAACCUGAUCAGAGAUCAGCAGCACAGUCUUCUCACGCUGCUCCAUGUUUUCCAUCCAACUUUAGAGAAGGUCAGAGCAGAGAAGCUUGCUGUCUGUAAACCUUUGUUCAUCUUUGAUGGCCUGGAUGAAAGCAGACUCUCACUGGACUUCAACAGCAGGACGCUGGUUUCUGACGUCACACAGAGGUCAUCAGUCAACGUGCUGCUGACCAACCUCAUCCAGGGGAAUCUGCUUCCCUCGGCUCUCGUCUGGAUAACUUCCCGACCUGCAGCGGCCAAUCAGAUCCCUCCUACAUGUGUUGACAGGGUAACAGAAGUACAAGGCUUCAGUGACGACCAGAAGGACGAGUACUUCAGGAAGAGAUCCAGAACUGAAGAUCUGUCCCGCAGAAUCAUCUCACACAUCAAGGCGUCCAGGAGCCUCCACAUCAUGUGUCAAAUCCCAGUCUUCUCCUGGGUCAGUGCUACAGUUUUGGAGCACAUGUUGACCUCAGAACAGAGAGAAGAGCUGCCCAAGACCCUAACAGACCUGUACUCACACUUCCUGCUGGUUCAGACAGAGAGGAAGAAGAACAAGUACAAUAAAGGACAUGAGACAAGUCCACAGGAGCUGAUGGAGGACAACAGGGACGUUCUUCUGAAGCUGGGGAGGCUGGCCUUUGAACAACUGCAGAAAGGAAACAUCAUGUUCGACCAAGAAGACCUGAAACUGUGUGGUCUUGGUGUGACAGAGGCCUUGGUGUACUCAGGAGUUUGUACAGAGAUCUUCAGAAGAGAGAGUGUGAUCUUCCAGAAAUCAGUCUACUGCUUUGUUCAUCUGAGCGUUCAGGAGUUUCUGGCUGCAGUCUACAUGUUCCACUGUUUCACUAACAGGAAGAAAAAGGUACUGCAGGACUUUCUGGGAAAAGAAUAUUCAAUCCAGACCCAAACACCUCUUUUCAAGAAGCUCUCUCAUCCGUCUCUGGAUGUGUUCCUGAAAGUAGUCCUGGAGAAAUCACUUCAAAGUGAAAAUGGUCAUCUGGACCUGGUUGUCCGCUUCCUUCAUGGACUCUGUCUGGAGUCCAACCAGAGACUCUUAGGAGGUCUGCUGGGUCAGACUCACAACAGUCCAGAAAUCAUCCAGAGAGUCAUCAAGAACCUGAAAGAGAUGAACACCGACAACAUGCUUCCCAAUAGAUGCGUCACCAUCUUUCAUUGUCUGAUGGAGAUGAAAGACCAGUCAGUGCACCGGGAGAUCCAAGAGUUCCUGACAUCAGGGGAAACAUCCAUGAAGAAACUCUCUUCAAUCCACUGCUCAGCCCUGUUCUACAUGCAGCAGAUGUCCAAGGACGUUCUGGGUGAGAUUGCCCUUAAGAAGUACAACAUGUCACCAGAGGAACUGCAGAAAGCUUUGAGCAACUGCAGAGAGGUUUGGUGUAACCAGGACAUGAACAUCUGAUGAGAGCGAGAGGACGAGCUUCUUCAUCCGAGCUGCCGUGAUGGAGCAUGAUCAGCGCUUGUGCGACACCCAGACUCCACCUACUCCAUCCUGGUCUCUGUUAUUCUCACUCACUCACCGUCUAGUCUUUGUAUUUUACAUUUAAGUUAGUGUUUUAUCAGCUCACCUUAUAUUACUGCAGAAAGAGCCUACAGAACCAGACACGGGGGCGCCACCUGAAGUUGAGAGAGAGAGAGAGCACUGCUGUCAGUGAAGUCGUAUUUUGGCUAACUAAAGGUCAUGUGUGAUUCUGAGCUCAUCGUGUUUGUUUUAAGGAAAACAGCUUUAGCUUCCGCUCACCUGCACACUCUGACCCCGCCCCCUGGAGCAAUAUAUCCUCCACCUGUGGCCGUUCCACUUUUUACCUUUUAAACAGUUGGCAAGUGUGUGUGUGGAUUAUUCUUGUUAAUGGACCAGACUUUUCUUAAGUUUUUCCAAACUGGAUGAGGAAAACCUGGAAGUGGGUUUCUUUUUCUUUAUGGACUUUAUGGACCAGUUUGAACUGGAGUGGUCUUUUGAGUUGCCUGAUGUUUGUUACUUCAUCCCACAGAGUGAAGUCUGUCUGUGGCUCUGUGUGCUGCAAACAAACAUUUUAACAUGGACAACGUGGAGUUUGACAGACUGUAAGUUAAACACUGCUUAAAUACUGCUGUAUUGCAUAGAAAUCUACAGUAUAUGGAUAAAGUGCAAGUGUUAAUAUUAUAUCAUAUUGCAUAUUGCCCUAUUGCGCUAGAAUUUGUGCUAAAGUGCUAACCUGUUUAUUGCACAUUGUUAGUCAGCUUCAUGGAUACAGGGACAAAUGAUCAUUUAAGUCUGUUAGAUUAGCAUCACGACUCACAGUCUUCUUCCUGAUGGUGAGGUUUCGUAUUCACAAACAAAUCUUCCCUGAUUUGCAAACUCAAAUAAAGCAUUGAAUAAUGUGGG